AUGACCUCCCCACAAGAAACGCAGCAUCAAGGCUGCGCAGACUUCUUCUCGGAGCUGCCACCUGAGUUGAGAAUGGAAAUACUCAACCAAACCCCCAUUCAGGAUAUCCGCCUUCUUAUCUCAGCUUCACCUGCUCUAUUACGCAUCUUCCAAAGACACCGGGCCUCUCUUUUAAGGCAUCAUUUGCAAUACCUGCUCCGAUUCUACGGGGAUAAGUCUAUUCUGCCUUUUGUUGUAUUCACCAUGGAUCUCCGCGCUCUUCGCGCCCAGUCCCAGCAUCUGACAGCCUCGGAAUUAGAGGAGAAGCUCAAGCCUGCACUAAAUUCCAUUCAAUCGCGGAAAUGCACCAGGCAGCCAUCCGCAGGCUACCUGGAUUUCCAAAUCCUAGAAAAAGCUCAGAAUCUAGUACCCGAGCUUUGCCGUGCCUUUGAUACGCAUCAAGAGGGGCCUUACAACUCGACGCCAAGACCUAGCAGCCACUUUUUACUGGAAGAGGCCUCGUGGCAAGUCAAGUUCACGUUUAUUGAGAAAUUCUUGAGAUUCGAUUGUUAUUGCAAUAUGUUUUACUAUCGAACCCAGUCUCUUUUCAGUAUCUCGAAUCGUGUAGAGACAAAGUUGGAAAGCCCACUUCUUCAUCACGCUACCAAUUCAGUUGAGAGAUUUCCCCGAACCAUUAUCUCUACUCUUUUCAAGGGGUAUCAAGAUCUAAUAAGCCGCCUUGAUUACUCACUUCGAUCCCGGCAGCCAAACCCCGGCGACACGCCUGAAAGUCCGAACCAAAAUAUUUCAACUCUCCAAAGAAACGAGUUCUUGGACCGAGAUAUGCCACAAGAACAGUCCUAUCUCAGUCAUCUUAUUAUGGGCGGUUAUCCUUUAUUCGAAAAGUUGCAGAGUCUCACGGCCGAGGAGUUUGAACAUUACACACUUAAGGAAUUCUAUCAAGUUGUAACAGUCAAGCUAACACCAGUAGCCUUUUAUGCGUUAUUAACCUUUACGCACAUGCCCUUAUUAUAG